AUGCGCCGAGCGAGGCCCCCGUGGGGCGCCGCGACCCUGAGGAGCGCGGCCGCCGGGAGGCGACGGUAUUGGAGGACCGUGGGGCAGCCGGAGGGCAUCGUGUCGGAACAGGACACGGACCAUCAUUUCGUGCACCGGAGCACCAUUCCUACCAUGCACUUCCAGCCCAGCUUGCCCAGAUUGCCAAUUCCGAAACUAGAGGAUACUAUCAACAGAUAUUUAGCCGCUCAGAAUCCGCUGUUGAACGAUGAACAGUACAGAAAUACUGAGAAAAUUGCCAGAGAAUUUGAAGCUGGAGAAGGCAAGUUCAUACAUCGUGAUCUUCUUGAACAUGAUAGAAUCAAUAAGCAUACAAGUUAUAUAUCAGGUCCCUGGUAUGAUAUGUAUCUUUCUGCAAGAGAUCCAAUUGUUUUCAACAGCAAUCCUUUUAUUUCUUUAAAUCCUGAUCCAAAACCAGGAUACAACAGUCAAGUAGUGAGAGCAACAAAUCUGGUUGUAUCAUCAUUAAAGUUUCUGAACUCCCUGAAGAAUGACUAUUUGCGGCCAGAUAUAUAUUAUGUAAACCGCAAGUGGGGUCAGAGCAAAAUUUUCAAACAUUCCAUCCGUAUUCUUCCACCUACUUUAUCCUGGUAUGGAGCAUAUUUGGUGAAUGCUUAUCCUUUAGAUAUGUCACAGUAUAAGUCACUCUUCAACAGUACCAGAAUUCCUAAUUUAAGCAAAGAUACAUUGUUCACAAGUGAAUUUGCAAGGCAUUUAUUGGUGAUGAGAAAUGGUCAUCUAUAUGUUUUUGAAGUAUUGGAUCCUUUUGGUAAUAUUCUACACCCAUCCGAAAUCCAGGCUCAUUUAACACAAAUAAUACAUGAUGCUGAUCGGUUACCUAGGUCUGAACUUUCCUACUUAACAACUGAAGAAAGAAAUACUUGGGCAACUGUAAGACAGCAACUUGUCCAAAAAGGUAAUGAAGAAAACCUAAAGAAAAUUGACAGUGCAGUCUUUUGUCUUUGUUUAGAUAAAACCUCCCCACAAGAUGAAAUUGAAAUUACUCAUUGUUUUCUUCAUGGAUAUGGUUUCAAUCGCUGGUUUGACAAAUCCUUCAGUCUGAUAGUCACUGGUGAUGGCACUGCAGGAGUUAAUUUUGAACACUCUUGGGGAGAUGGAGUUGCAGUUCUACGUUUUAUUAAUGAAGUCUAUAGAGACAGUACAGAGCACCCAGCUCUUGUACCAGAUGCCAGUCCAGCUAUUUUUGUUGCAUCAUAUGACAAACUGGAAUUUAAUGUGGAUCGCACAAUAACAUCAGCUAUAAAUGCUGCCCGUAUAAAAUUUGAUGAAAAAAGGAAUCAGUUUUGUGUUAAAUCAUUGAAGUAUAAAAAGUUUGGGAAACAGUUUACAACAAAACAAAAAUUGAGCCCUGAUGCUGUGUUUCAGCUUGCAUGUCAGAUGGCUGUCUAUCGCCAGUAUGGAAAAUUACUUCCUUCUUAUGAAGCAUGCAGUACUGCAGCUUUUAAACAUGGUCGCACUGAAACAAUUCGGCCAACAUCUGUGUACACAAGAAAAUGUACAGUUGCAUUUGUUGAUGAACGAGGAAAGCACAGCAUUGAAGAUAUGAGAAACAUGAUUGCUGACUGUUCACAGUAUCAUAGACGCUUGCAGCUGGAAGCUACAUUAGGCCAAGGAUUUGAUCGCCAUUUAUUUGCCUUGAAGUACCUUGUCCAGCGCAGAGGUGGACGUAUUCCUGAUUUUUAUAAUGACCCAGCCUACAAAAGCAUAAACCACAUUAUAAUUUCAACUAGUACACUAGGCAGUCCAGCAAUUAAUCAUGGUGGGUUUGGACCAGUGGUACCAAAUGGUUUUGGCGUUGGAUAUAAUGUGUUUGAUACAUGGAUAGGAUGUAUUAUAACUAGCUAUUUAGAAGAAGACUUAGAUGGCCUUUUGAAAUGUCUUGAGUAUACUCUGGAUGAUAUACUUGAUGUUUUAGAAGGAAGAGGCCUUUCGUAG